AUGGUGGCAGACAAACUGUCUCAGCCAACUAGCAGAGACGAAUUCGAGAUUGCAAUCGUCUGUACAAGGGCACUCGAAUAUGAUGCUGUCUGUUUUCUCUUGGAUGGUUUUUGGGACAUGGAUGGUGACCCAUUCGGCAGAGCCCGGGGUGAUCUAAACACCUACACCACAGGAUACAUGGGCAAAUAUAAUAUUGUUGUGGUGCUCCUCUGCAAUUCAGGCAAAGCCAACGCAGCUAGUACAUCAGCUAGUCUUCGUUCGAGUUAUCCUUGCAUUGAACUCCUACUUCUUACCGGAAUAUGCGAGGGCGUCCCAGAUGCAAAUGAGGAAGAAUUGCUUCUUGGCGAUGUAAUCAUCAGCGAAACAGUCAUCCAGUAUGAUCUCAGCAGCCCGUUUCAUCAUGCACUUAAGAGAAGAAGCACUCUUGAGGAUCGUCAAGGGCGCGCGAACAACAAUAUCCGAAAGUUUAUCGCCAAUUUUAAAACCGAGAUGGGACUACAGCGCCUAGAGGAGAAGGCAACAUUGCAUCUAGAGCAGAUCCAGAGUCUUGUUUCGGAGGCGAAGUAUCGACAAAGACACAAAGGGGCAACAUACAUGUACCCUGGUUUUGAAACCGAUAUUCUCUUCGAGUCAACUCAUUGCCACAGACAUUACAAUUCAUCACAAUUGUGUGAUGAAGCCAGAAAUUUGGACUGUGAACAGACUGGUUGCGGACUCAGAACUUUGAAACAUCGAGAUCGUCUACACCAAAAGAGCCUGCUGGAGUUGAAGGCCGCACAAAUUCCGUCCAUAUUUUUCGGACGCUUUGGUUCCGGCGACACGGCCUUCAACUCAGGUGUCCACCGCGACUCCCUGGCUAAAACACACGGCAUCAUCGCUUUUGAGAUGGAAGGCGCUGGAAUCUGGGACGAGCUGCCAUGCAUCAUUGUCAAGGGUGUGAGUGAUUAUGGAGAUGGUCACAAGACAAGAAAAUGGGCAGAGUGGCAAAACUUCGCCGCCGCAACUUCUGCGUCGGUUGCAAGGGCUUUAAUUGAGCGCUACCCCCAGACUGAUAAAUCGCCUGUCACAGAGCUGAAGGCCGAUCAAGUGCAUUCUCAGCUCCAAGAGAACAGAACUUGUCUAGAUGCAUUGUUUAUCACAAACCCUGAGGAUGAUAAGCAGCGUAUCGAAGACACAAAGGGAGGGUUGCUUCUGGAUGCAUAUAUCUGGAUCAUACGCAACGAGGAGUUCGUACAGUGGCUCGACGACCCUGAAACUCGUCUACUGUGGAUCAAGGGCGAUCCGGGCAAAGGAAAAACAAUGCUACUAUGCGGCAUUAUUAACGAGCUAAAGACGACGAGCUCCAGAGGCAACAUCUAUUACUUUCUCUGCCAAGCGACAGAUAACCGCCUUAACAAUGCUUCGGCGAUACUACGUGGCUUGUUGCAUAUGAUGGUUGUCCAGUACCCGGCACUUAUCUCUUAUAUCAGACAUGAGUACGACAAGUCAGGAAAGUCAGCAUUUGAAGGUGUCAAUUCCUGGAUCAUCCUAUCACGGAUAUUUGAACAGAUGCUCAAGGAUGAUUUAUUAAAAUCGAGGGAGCCAAUCUUUAUUAUCGAUGCGCUAGACGAGUGUGUGGUGGAUUCCACACAAUUCCUUGAAAUCAUAGUGAGAUUGUCGACAUCAUCCUCUCAGGCGAAAUGGCUCGUAUCAAGUCGCAAUGAGGCAGAUAUUCAAGAGUCGCUGGCAACCGCAGAGAACAAAUCGACUGUAAGCCUCGAGCUUAAUGCAGAAUCUGUGUCAAAUGCUAUAUCUACCUACAUUCGACAUAAAGUGCAGCUUCUAGCCAACAGGAAGGGUUAUAAACAACCUACAAGAGAAAAGAUCGAGAGAUAUCUCUCUAAUAAUGCAAACGGAACUUUUCUCUGGGUUGCAUUAAUUUCCCUCCAGGGCUUAAUCAACUCUAUGAAAGGAUGA